GAAAAACCCUAAACCCCAUUCCACCCCGCCCCACCCCACCCCACAAUCACCGACUAACCAAAAAAAAAAAAAAUCCCGUGGCGACUGCCUCGACCUCAAGGCGCCAUGGCGAUCUUCGAGCGAAUCGAGGGUGAAGCGGAGGACGAGGAGAAGGCGGCGACAGGGGAGGAAGUUGUUACCCAAGUCGAGUCGGCCAUCGGGCCGGGCGGCGACCGUGUUCGGCAGCCGACCGGGCGCGCGACGAUGGGCGUCAGCGCGACAGGCCCGCCGCAAGGGACGGGGAGCCAGCCUCCGCUCGACGGACAAGGGGCGUCGUCCGAGUAUCUAACUGCGUCUCCAACGCUGCGUGGCUCGGUUCUGCCUUCAAAACUUAAUUUAAAGAGAGUGUCUGCACCGCCCAGUGAUGAGUCAGAAACCAUUCCGUUGAAAAACUCAGUCGAUGCAGCAACCAGCACGGAGGGGGUUACCCAAGGUGAGAACCGUGGGCAGCAUCUGACCAAGCAUGCCCCGGGAUGCAUCACCGUGACCGGUGUGACGCAAGGGACGGUGAGCCAGAAUCUGGUUGACGGGCAUGAGAAAUCUGAGGGUCCAACCAAGUCCCCGAGGCCGCAUUGCUCGCUAUACACUGAUGAAGACAUCGAAAGAAUGAAGAGGCGUAUUGAAGAGUUAGAACUGUUAAAUGCAGACCUAAAACAACGAUUAGAAGAAGCUAAACUUCAGUUGAAGUUCAAUGAUGCGAUUACCCACCCUAAGAAUGAAAUUCCUGAUGGACUGAACAUUUGCCACGGCAUUUUCAUUUGUUCCAAUGAAUCUGGCUACGAAAAGUUGGAAAAGAAGCUUGCUCACGCAGACUCAAAGAUCAUCCAUGUUGUUUCUGUUCAUGGAAGGACAAUUUGGUUAAAUGUCAGACGUUCCAGGUACGGUCGUCAGGCAAGGAAGAAAGACAGAAGUUCCCCAGAAUUUGAUUUCAGAAGAUUGACUCCAUUGGGUAAAAUAAUUCUGCUGGGAAUCAUUGAGGACAUCUAUCGACUUCAUCGCAGGGGAUUUUGCCUGGAUGGUCGAUUCACUUUACAGAGCUUUUACUGGACAGAUGAGAAGAAGAUUAAGUUGGACCCUAGUUUGAAGCUUAUCGCUGUAUCAACUGAAGGAAGAAAGUCUUGUAUGAUCAAUGACUAUCACAGAAUCCAUGAGAUUAUAAUGCAGAUUCUCUUGCUUUGCAAGGAAACCGCUUCAGAAGAUUUGGAACAAUUGUUGGAUCUCCUGAAAUGUACUGACCCUGUGGAUGUUGAGGACAUAAUUCGAUACAAUGUCUCUCUAAUGACAGAAAUAGCAAAGCGAAGUCACUUUAUAACUCUAUAUGAUCGCUGGCGGCAGAUGGAAGCCCAAGAGCAGGAAAUGGAAGAGGGUAAGGGUAAGCCUACUGAAGCUGAAGGUUCAGAAACAAAAAUACCCAAUUCAAAAAAGGUACUUAAAUUUAUCCCCACUAGUUCCAUAAACUCUGAUGGCUCAGUGGAAGAUUGGUCAAACUUUGUGUAUCUCAAUGACCAUGUCAAGCUUGUAUAUGAUCGUCGAUGUCAAAAAACUGGGUACGGGAAGCUAUAUGGAGCAAAAGAGCUCCUGGUGGUUUGGCAAAAUGCCCUCACACAUAUACUUGAAGAUUCAUUGGCCGAAGGAAAACUUGAGUUCUAUGAUGAAGAUGUGGUAAAUAUGCUGGAGUUUGUUUUGCCCGGUGUGUUUAACCUUUUUCAGAAAGGGAUGCACUCUAUUGGCCACGAGGAGCUACCUCAUCUCAUGAGGAUAAUGAGAAUGUGAGCUGUAGCGUUUCAGGAUGGUCACCAUAAUUCUGUAUCAUAGGUGGCCAAGCUGAUAGAACAGAGUAAUUCUAUGUUGUGACAGGUGGUUGAUGGCACCGAACAGUAUUUUAGUAGUUUUAUUAUGACGUCCUCUCCCUUUGUGAACCAUUCUUAUUUGAAACUAUCUGUUAAAUUCUAAAUACAUUUGUGAAAUCUUACUUGAAGCGCUGCACUAGUUUGUUAAGCUGAGUGUGGACGUUUA